UUUAGCUCAAUAUUUUCCUCGCACGUAUAAGGUCGUGCAAAAUUUGAUACUCUUAUAGCAUAAGAGGGCAGCUGUGAUUCGAAUGCAAUUAUACGACCUCUACUGGCAAUGAAUACGGCAGCAGUUUGUAAGAACUUUUUCCGUCGCUAAAUGGGUUUAUAUAUUGAUAUACUCUGGCAUAGUAUUACGUAAAUGUGGGCGUCGUGAUCAUUUGUUUAUGCUGAGACAUUUGGGGCGUUAGUUGUCGCUUCAUAUCCGAUGCGCUUUUUAAAAGAAUGUUGAAUAUAAAUAAGCGUCAAGAGAAGUCGACUGUGACCUUUGACGCGUCUUGUAUUGCUCACUGACGCGAAUCUCUAACACGCGGAGAACGUCAACUGAUUAAACGUCGUUGGACUUGCUUUGGAAGAGGACUGAAGUAGAAACACAAAUAAGGAACAUUGUGAUCGCACUAUGGCAAGGGUUGGCCUGGCGUUUUCCGGUGGCGGUAUCCGGUCAGCGUCCUUAUGCUCCGGUGUCCUGCGCAGGCUUCUGCAGAAGAAAGCCAAUAUAGAUUACCUGAGCUGCGUGUCUGGGGGCGGUUACACAGGCACGUCAUAUGUGGACUGGAAAUACAGGCAUGGAAAGAAAGAUGAUCCCGAAUGGCAUAAGCAGUUCUUCGAGCACAUGCGCAGCAGAAGCGGAAUCUUUUGUAACUGGCAGAAGCCGUGUCAAGGACUCCUGGACGCCAUUAUUUUGUUCACAAUGACUAUCUUCGUUGCCUUGAUUAUCCCUGUACUCCUAUGGUCUUCCUACGCAUGUCCACUAGCCUUUGUGAUCGAGUUCCUGUUUGGAAGAAUCCUGAGAGGUGGUGCUAAGCCUUGCAGAAAACUUGCGAAAAACAGUCCAAACAUAAAAUUAAGGGACUGCGAGGAGGAACGUUAUACAUCUGCUGUCAUCAACCAGCAAUUUGCUCUGUUCGCGAUUCCCGUGGCCAUAGCCCUGAUCUGCAGCUUUCUUGCAGGGUUUCUUCCUAAAGGAAAAGGCUUUUUCAAUUUCAUUUCCACGUCCGGUUUCGUCUUCUUUGGCUUGGUGUUCCUUCCGUGGUUUAUUCAAAAUUUUUUGGAUUUAAUUCCAAAUUGGAUGAAGAUCCUCAUCAUAUUACCCACUUUCCUGCUUUGGUUCGCGUUCCCGACCAUGCGCAGAAAUGCCACCCUUGUACUGGUGAUCUAUGCCUACUCCUUUGUUAUUUACUGGCGAGUGUAUAACGGCAAAGUGUUCGACCUAGAAUAUGAUGAAGAUAUCUUUACCAAGCUGAUGUGGAUUUCCACCCUGUUGCUGUGGAGUGCCCCUGUUGUAGGAACGAUACAGCAGCGUAUAGGUCACGUGUAUAACAGGUAAUUUUGACUGGUGUUUUUUUUUUUUGCG